UCGCAAACACAGUUAUUCACUAUUUACAUCAUGUAGGUGUAUGUUUCUAUUGUAUCAGUGUGUCACCAGUCGAAAAGAGAUCAUGGAAAUGUUUUGAGUGGAAGUGUGUUAUUGUCUUAAAAAAAGAAUAAUAUUCAAAUAUGUAGAUUCUUAAGGAUAUUUAAAACAACGGCCGUUUUGUGUACAGGUUUUGAACAUAGGAUGAUGCUGACUAUGUGACGUAUAUGACCAAACAUGGUCCGCCACCGCUUUCCGUGGUGUUUGGAGUCUACAUGUCCAUCUGUCAUCGCUACUUUGACUUUAGGCUUAUUGAUUCCAAAUGUAUUGUCACAAACAAAUUUUGAAUCUAGACCUCUUUGGGGAACUGGUAGAGGCCGGCCAGCGGGAAAAACGUGUCUCAAUUAUUGUCAACUAUUGCCAAUAUGUAACCACGGAAAGUGUUUUCUCGACCAGUCUUCCUGUGAUGUGAUCUGUGCUUGCGAGGAAGGAUAUACAGGAAAGUGGUGUAAAGAACAAGCGACUAAGGUGGGACCUCGGACUGGCAAUAACACACAACCAGUUCCCCCUAUAGGGAAACCAUGGGAAUCUCCAGCACAUUCCGCACCUAAAGGUCCAACGAAGCGACCAUUGAUGAUAUUAGGGACAUUCAGACCACGGAAUGGAAACAAAAAGAGUCCUCCGUUCAUAUUUCCUAUGAUGCCAGCUAAUCCGCCAUCAAACAAACAACCACAACGUAGUGACGAUAUAGCAGAAAGGGAGGAAACAAAGGCGAUUAAUAACUCUUCAAAUAAUGUUAAAUCGAACGCUAGACAACUUGUCUUACCAAACAGCACUACUAUGACAAUCAUACGUACAAAGUUGGAAGAUAUGGACAAUGUAACGAGCAUUGAUAUUGAAUCUGCCAACUCCGCAAUAAAGGAGCUGCCUAACAAAGACACAAUCCCAACCACUAGUGUUGACGAACUCGUUCAUCCAACAGAAUCCGUGAUUACCUCACCCGGGACGCUGGACAGUACUCAAGGAGAAGUUUUGUCUACUGUUGAACCAAUGUCAUCACAAAGGGUUUGUGAGGAGUCUUGUCACACUGGCAAGUGUUUAUUUAACGGCGGGGAAUACAGAUGUGUUAAGGAGUCAGCACCGAUUAUCAUGGCGACCAUUGAGAACGCCUCGAUGGCGGCGAGAGGAGAGUGCGGUAAAGGCUUUAAGUGUAGACAUGGCGUCUGUGACCCUGAUCAACUCCGCAAGGGACGGAUUAAGUGUAUCUGUGACAAGGGGUGGAUUGGUACUCUGUGUGAGCAUGCCUGUGAACUGGACUGCGGGGAGCAUGGUAUGUGUGGCCAUCCGGACAAAAACAAAACCUCCAUGGUGUGUUUGUGCAAUACUGGCUACGAUGGAGACAGAUGUCAGGAUGUAAAAAUCCUUCCAGAGUUCAACAAAGAUGUGGAGGACCCUUCUGUACAUAUCUACGUGAUAGGUUUUACAAUCGGGUUCGUCGUCUUCUUCACGCUCAUCCUUAUUCUCAUCACCUAUUGCUUGUGGCGUCGGCGAUUCGUCUUCAUUAUGAAGAUCGUACACUAUUUUCAACACUAUGAGGAAAAUGAUGGACAAAUCUAUGACGCAUUCGUUUCCUACAAAUCUUCCAAAGAGGACGAACAUUUCGUUCUUACAAAGCUUUACCCAAAGCUGGAGAUGGAAUUGGGAUUCAAGAUGUGCAUGCAUUUCCGAGACUUUACGCCUGGUGAAGCUAUCGCCAACAAUAUAAUUUCGGCCAUAGAGAGGAGCCGCCGAACUAUCAUGAUCCUUUCUCCCAACUACAUCAAUAGUGAGUGGUGCCGUAUGGAGUACCAGAAGGCUCAGCACGAAAUGCUCAAGAUGCGACACAAAAUCAUACCAAUAGUUCUAGAGGACGUAUCCAAGUGUAAGACAAUGGACAAAAACCUUAAGACAAUUCUUAGUACUGUGACAUACAUAGAAUGGCCAGGUGAAGAGGAUCCUAAAAAGCUAGAGAAAUUCUGGAAAAAAAUCGAACUUUCGUUACCAAAGAAACGUUCUGGUGAACACUCACCAUCCAAUAGCGUCGAAUCAACGUCGACUAGCUCCUCUACAACGUCCAAUGACAUUGACGUGUCAAAGAGUAGUUCAGAAGAUCCCGCGUCUAACACCAUACUUUCUACGAUAACAGAUUCUGUUAGCAUUACUAUGGACAAGUGUGAUCCGAAGAAGUCUUCACAACAAGGCAGUGAUACGCCUGGCAAAGCGCGGAGUGAAACAAGGCUGAAGAAAAUGAAAGAUGUGUUAAAAUUGAAAAUAAACAAUAACAACAAUCGUGCAUUAUGUCGUGAAAUAUCUAUAGAAUCGAACAUAUCGACCCCGGUCUCCUCCACUCCAUCGCCGGGUUUCUUUGGAGGGAAGGACUCAACACCACUAUUGUCAAAGAAGUUGCUCAACUGUAAACAGAUCAAUAAAAGUAGCGCUAAGUCAUCUACGUGGUCACAUAGGAACCACAAUAGGGGUCGCAAGAACUCCCAGACACAGUCGCAAUCCUUCACAGAGAAGGACGUCAACCGCCCAUGUCUGGACGUGAUCCCACAAACACCUACUAGUCCUUCUCCUAACGAUGUGGACCUUCCAGACGUAUGUCGCACGGCUGGAUAUUACAACAUUGUGUGUGGGGAGAAGACCUCUCCCUCAACCGAGAACGAUUUUGCGGGUAUGCAACAAUGUCCAACAUGUAUUCUCCGCAAGGAUGACGUGGAUGCUAACUCUACCAUAAACUCACUUGCUGAACAGGUAAAAGGACAACAACAAAAUAAUUUAGGGAACCCGACUGGCUUGAAUAUUAGUUUGGAUCAUAUACGGUCUCCGUACCCAACAAGUGUGUAUAGUUAUGACAAUACAGGUGAAAGUGUUGACGUCACAAAUACAUCAGUGACGUCAAAAGUGAUUACAAAAUGUUCUACAUGUGCACUCAGGGUCAACGUUGACAAUGUUUAUCAGGAACGAGAAACACAGUUCACCUCGGAUUUAAACACUGAUGAUUCUCUUUCUUCUGGAGAAAGAAGAAAUAAUACAAAUUUCAUCAAAGACGUUAAUUGUGAAUCGGAUGAAAAAAUAUCAAAUAUCCAACCAAACGAAAAUCCAUUACUCAACGUUUUGCACCUCCCAAUUCAGGGUCGUUAUAUUCCUAACUUUCAUGUCAAUAAUGCAUUUAUAGAGAACGAAGAGAACAAACCUCCUAUUCCCAUCCCACCAAUACGUGUUAAAAAGUUACAACGACAGAACUCCAGAGAAAACUUGUAACGAUUGUCAUUUAUCCAUGCUUACUUAUUUAUACAAUCAUCCAGUUUGUGUCACAUAAGAAUGGGAUAUUUUUUAAAAGUAAAAAGUAGACGUGUAUUUUUUAAGGAAAUUAAGAACACACAUUCAAUUAGUUGUAAAUUUCUGAUUUUGCUCUUCAAUUGAGAACAUUUCUUUAUAUGAUAAUGAAGAAAAAAAUCCCCUUUCUGCUCAAAUGUGUUAAACAUUGUAAGUCCCGUUUGUUUUCCGAUGUUUUAUAUCAUACAUGUUCUUCACUGUUACCCGUGCCUCGGUCGAUUACUCACUGAUGUUUACCUUUGUAAAUACGACCGCAGUCGAUGCGCACACUGAUGAUUGUUACUCUUGUUUGUCAAUACGACCUCUAUCAUAUACACAAUGAUGGCUGUCGGUACAACCUCUGUCAUAUACACAAUGAUGGCUUUCGGUACAACCUCUGUCAUAUACACAAUGAUGGCUGUCAAUAAGACCUCGGACAUAUACAAAAUGAUGGCUUUCGGUACAACCUCUGUCAUAUACACAAUGAUGGCUGUCGGUACAACCUCUGUCAUAUACACAAUGAUGGCUGUCAAUAUGACCUCAGUCAUAUACCCAUUGUUGGCUGUCAAUAUGACCUCGGUCAUAUAUAAAAUGAUGGCUGUCAAUAUGACCUCUGUUAUAUAUAAAAUGGUGGUUGUCAAUGUGACCUCAGUCAUAUACACUAUGAUUGCUUUCAAUAUGACCACGUUCAUAUACACUAUGAUUGCUUUCAAUAUGACCUCGGUCAUAUAAACGAUGAUGGCUGUCAAUAUGACCUCGGUCAUAUACGAAAUUAAUGGCUGUCAAUAUGACCUCGGUCAUUUACACAACGAUAGCUAUCAAUAUGACCUCGGUCGUAUACAAAAUGAUGGCUGUCAAUAUGACCUCGGUCAUCUACACAACGAUAGCUGUCAAUAUGACCUCGGUCAUAUAC